AUGGCAAGUGUAAAGAUCGAUCAUCUAUUGGAGGAAGAUUAUUCAGUGCAUUAUGAAGAGAGAAUAGAAGAAGAUGAAGGUGUUGACGCAAAUAUGGCACCCAUCUUCUUCUAA